ACUAAAAUAAAACCCGUUUUAUUCACACGCUCGCUCGCUCACUCACUCUCUCAUCUCCUCAACUUCAACGCUUCAACCUCAUCCAUUUCUCUACUUGCUACUUGUACUUUUAUUCUAUCCUUCAACAACUGCAAAUUAGGGUUAGGGUUAGCGUUAGCGUUAGGGUUAAUUUCAUUUCUCUCUAUCUCUCUCAUGGCUUCCUCUAGUGCCCAGAUUCACGGUCUCGGAACAGCCUCUUUCUCUUCUCUCAAAAAACCCAAUUCCACUUCCUCUAAUUCCCGUACCCUAUUCUUAGGCCACCGUCUCAAUUCAAAUCACGUCUCCUUCCCGCGCGCCGCAUUUCCUAAAUUGAGAGCCAAAACCCUAAGGAAGGGUUUCACUUUGAGAGUUGUCAAUGAGAAAGUUGUUGGUAUCGAUUUGGGAACCACCAAUUCUGCUGUCGCUGCCAUGGAAGGUGGAAAACCCACCAUCAUUACCAACGCCGAGGGUCAGAGAACCACUCCCUCCGUUGUUGCAUACACCAAGAACGGCGACAGGCUGGUUGGUCAAAUUGCCAAGCGCCAGGCCGUCGUUAAUCCCGAGAAUACAUUCUUCUCUGUAAAGAGGUUCAUCGGAAGGAAGAUGUCUGAGGUUGACGAAGAGUCAAAGCAGGUUUCUUACAGAGUCAUCAGGGAUGACAACGGCAACGUCAAACUUGAUUGCCCCGCUAUCGGUAAAUCAUUUGCUGCUGAAGAAAUUUCUGCUCAGGUCUUGAGGAAGCUCGUCGACGAUGCUUCAAAGUUUUUGAAUGAUAAAGUAACUAAGGCUGUAGUCACUGUGCCCGCGUACUUUAAUGAUUCACAAAGGACUGCUACAAAGGAUGCAGGCAGGAUUGCUGGUCUUGAAGUUCUUCGAAUUAUCAAUGAACCUACUGCUGCAUCCUUGGCUUAUGGCUUUGAAAGGAAAAACAAUGAAACCAUCUUGGUAUUUGACCUUGGAGGUGGUACCUUUGAUGUCUCAGUGCUUGAGGUUGGUGAUGGAGUGUUUGAAGUGUUGUCUACUUCUGGUGAUACACACUUGGGCGGUGAUGAUUUUGACAAGAGGGUUGUUGAUUGGCUUGCUGGAGACUUCAAGAGAGAUGAAGGUAUUGAUCUUUUGAAAGACAAACAAGCUCUUCAGCGCCUUACCGAGACAGCUGAGAAAGCAAAAAUGGAGCUUUCAUCGUUGACUCAAACAAACAUCAGUUUACCAUUCAUAACUGCCACAGCAGAUGGCCCCAAACAUAUUGAGACCACUCUUACAAGAGCUAAGUUCGAGGAAUUAUGUUCAGAUCUUCUUGACAGACUCAAAACACCAGUGGAAAAUUCAUUGAGGGAUGCUAAACUCUCAAUAAAGGAUAUUGAUGAGGUAAUUCUUGUUGGUGGAUCAACACGUAUCCCUGCUGUUCAGGAGCUUGUGAAGAAGAUGACUGGGAAGGACCCAAAUGUCACUGUCAAUCCAGAUGAAGUCGUUGCCCUUGGUGCUGCAGUUCAGGCUGGUGUCUUGGCUGGAGAUGUCAGCGACAUUGUGCUGUUGGAUGUUUCUCCACUAUCGUUGGGUUUGGAAACUCUAGGUGGUGUGAUGACCAAAAUUAUUCCUAGAAACACUACCCUUCCCACUUCAAAAUCAGAGGUUUUCUCGACUGCCGCUGAUGGACAGACCAGUGUAGAAAUUAAUGUUCUUCAGGGUGAGAGAGAAUUUGUUAGGGACAACAAAUCUCUUGGUAGCUUCCGCUUGGAUGGUAUCCCCCCUGCUCCUCGUGGGGUUCCUCAAAUUGAGGUGAAAUUUGACAUUGAUGCAAAUGGCAUUCUGUCAGUCGCUGCCAUAGACAAGGGCACAGGGAAGAAACAAGAUAUCACCAUUACUGGUGCCAGUACCUUGCCUGGUGAUGAGGUACAAAGGAUGGUCAAUGAGGCAGAGAGAUUUGCAAAGGAGGACAAAGAGAAGAGGGAUGCAAUAGACACAAAGAACCAGGCAGACUCUGUUGUCUACCAGACAGAGAAGCAAUUGAAAGAGCUAGGAGACAAGGUUCCUGGCCCUGUGAAAGAGAAGGUGGAAGCUAAACUGGUGGAGCUUAAAGAUGCUAUUUCUGGUGGAUCGACCCAAACUAUUAAAGAUGCCAUUGCUGCCCUCAACCAGGAAGUUAUGCAGCUAGGUCAGUCUCUAUAUAACCAGCCUGGAGCUGCAGGACCAGCAGGACCUACACCCCCUGGUAGCGAGUCUGGCCCCUCAGAAUCAUCAGGCAAGGGACCAGAUGGCGAUGUGAUUGAUGCCGAUUUUACCGACUCUAAAUGAGUUAUAGAGAUUAUUUAAUAGGAUUAUUUUAUUUUAUGUUUCUUCUGUGCUAAAUUCGUAGUGAUUUUUGUCAAUGGGAGAGCAGGCAUUUGUUUUCUCAUUAAGAUUAGACUUUAUUAUAUGUAGGUGCUCAUUGACGUUCGUUUCUGUACCUUUGGAAAUUUUGUCUGUGAAAUAUAGGUACUGUGGAUGGAAUUUACAGGCUGAAUAUUGUCUUAA